AUGGCUCAUCAGGGAAAUCCUGAGCUCAAGGAGAAAUUUUGCUGCAUGAUCUGCCUGGACCUACUGGGGGAUCCGGUGAUACUUCCUUGUGGGCACAACUACUGCAAGAAUUGCAUAGAGCGCUGGUGGAAUGAAAAGGAGCCGAGUGACACGUACAGCUGUCCUGCAUGCAGACGGAGCGAUAGAUCCAGGCCUAAUCUGGCAAGGAACACUCUGCUAGCAGAAGCGAUAGAACUGCUUGGAAAGAGUCAAGCUGCACCUGAGCUUUGUUCCUCUUCUGAUCGUGAAGAUUUCUGCUCCAAUCACAAGGACGAGCAGAUGAAGUUAUUCUGCCGCACUCAUCAGACGUGCAUCUGCGGCCUCUGCUCAGUGGAGGAGCAUAAAGGUGAUGACAUAGUGUCAGCUGAAUCGGAGAGGACUGAGAAGCAGAGAGAGAUUCACUCAAACCUCCAGGAGAUUCAGGAGAAAAUUAAAGACAGAGAAGAAGACAUUAAGAAGCUUCAGCAGGAGAUGGGGGCUAUUGAUGCCUCUGCUGAGGAGGCAGUGAGGAAGAGCAGCGAGAUUUUUGCUGAGCUGAUCGACCUGUUGAAGGAAAGAAGCUUGGUUGUGAAGCAGCAGAUCAGGAAGCAGCAGAAAGCCGCAGAGAGUCAGAUCAAACAGUACAAAGCCAGACUAGAGACGGAGAUCUCUGAGCUCAGAGGGAGAGAAGAGGAGCUCCAGCAGCUGUCCCACACAGACUGUCACAUCCACUUCCUCCACAGCUUCUCGCUGCUGGGAAAACCCGACAAAACCACAGAUACGCUCAAAUUUAAAGAAUCUGCUCCGUGUUUCUUUAGGGAUCUGACAGCAGCGGUAGCAGAAGCUGGAGGCAAACUGAAGCGCUUUGUUCAUGAGGAAACCAUGAAGACGUCAGUGAUGGAGAUGGAGCUGAAUGUGGUGAUGUCACCAGCUGAGCCCAAGAGCAGAGCGGACUUCCUGCAGCGCUCCCAUCCGGUCAGCCUGAACCCGAACACGGCCCACAGAAAGCUGCUUCUGUCUCUGGGAAACAAGAGAAUUCACGGAAUGGACUCAGGCCCUGAGCACAGAGAGCUUUACUGGCUGCUGUUACUGGGAGGUGAAGCGGACUGGGAGAGUUACCAUUGCUGUGGCGUACAGCAGGAUGAGCAGAACAGGAAGGCAGAGUGA